CAUAAUUAUCUGUUACGAUCAUAAUAAUACAGACAUGUUUAUUGCUUUGAUUUUGCUCUUUUUAUCGUGUUCAACUAAUGAUGCUGCUAAAAUACUGGCUGUGUUUCCUGCACCGUCUAUCAGUCAUCAAGUAGUGUUCCGACCUCUUACUCAAGAACUUGCUAGGCGAGGACAUGAAGUUACGGUCAUCACACCAGACCCUGCCUUCCCAAAAGGUGAAGCACCAGCUAAUCUCACAGAAAUUGAUGUUCACUUCUCGUACGAGAGUUUAAAAGAAUUUCAUAAGGCCACUUCUUCUGGGGAUGGAGAUAUUGUAAAUCAAUUCAAACUUGUAUUGGAAUUGCUUAACAAAGUCUUUGAAGAUCAGAUGAAAUUUGGAGAAGUGCAAAGAAUAUUGAAAGAAGGAAAGUUCGACUUGCUUUUAGUAGAAGCUAUGGCCAGACCGGCGCUGGCUUUGGCACAUGUUUUUAAAGUGCCAGUUAUUCAGAUAUCUUCAGCAGGACCCAUGAAUUUUAAUGUGGUUAAUUUUGGGACAGCCUGGCAUCCCUUGCUGUAUCCACUAUACUUCAGUCAGCGAAUUUAUAACUUGACGACUUAUGAAAAAAUUACGGAGCUAUGGAACUUUUACAAGCAAGAUGGACUAUUGAAAAGUUUAGAAGAUUAUGAAAACACAAUGAAUCAACGAUUAUUCGGAAGAGAUGUGCCAACUGUAGCAGAAUUGACAAACAAUGUGGAAAUGCUGUUUUUAAAUGUGCAUCCUUUGUGGGAAGACAAUCGUCCAGUGCCUCCCAGUGUUAUUUAUAUGGGAGGAUUGCAUCAGAAGCCGGAGAAAGAUUUACCGAAGGACCUUAAAACUUACUUAGACUCCUCAAAGAAUGGCGUGAUAUACAUAAGCUUUGGUACAAAUGUUAAACCUUCACUGUUACCUCCAGAGAAAGUACAAAUUCUGGUCAAAGUAUUCUCUGAGCUACCUUACGACGUGCUGUGGAAGUGGGACAAAGAUGAGCUCCCCGGACGUAGCAGCAACAUUAAGAUAUCCAAAUGGCUGCCACAAUCGGAUCUAUUAAGACAUCCAAAGAUAAAGAUGUUCAUAACACAAGGAGGUCUACAAUCAACAGAUGAAGCUAUAACCGCAGGAGUACCUCUGAUUGGUGUUCCAAUGUUGGGUGAUCAAUGGUACAACGUAGAAAAAUAUGUGCAUCAUGAAAUAGGCAUAAAAAUAGAUUUGAAGUCACUGACCGAAAAAGACUUCAAAGAAGCUAUAAAUAAAAUUAUAAACGAUAAAAGAUAUCGUCAGAACAUACAAAAGCUUGGAAGUCUGAUGCGUGAUCAGCCGAUGACUCCGUUGGAGCGUGCGGUGUGGUGGACGGAGCACGUGCUGCGUCACGGCGGCGCGCGACAUCUUCGCUCUCCCGCCGCCAACAUGUCGUGGACACAGUUCCUCGAACUAGAGCUAGUUCUUAUUGUAUUGGCGGUUGCACAGAGCUGUCUUAUACUAAUGUUAGUGCUGAUAAAGUGUCUGUGGAAAUAUUCCAGUUCAAAGCAAGAGCCUAAAAAAAUUAAGAAACGAUAAACUUGA